CUGUGGCAAAAGAAGAGAGAGUAAACCUAAGGCAGAAACCUCUGCUUCUGUUCUUCAAUUCCAUCGUCUUCCCUAUUGUUUCCUUACCAGCUAGCUAGCAACCAUGGAGUUCCAGAACCAAUCGAUGUCAGUCUCUCCCCAGAGAAAAAUGGGCAGGGGAAAGAUUGAAAUCAAGCGGAUCGAAAACACAACUAAUCGUCAAGUCACCUUCUGUAAGAGGCGCAACGGCCUGCUCAAAAAGGCCUAUGAAUUGUCUGUUCUCUGUGAUGCUGAGAUUGCCCUCAUCGUCUUCUCUAGCCGCGGCCGCCUUUACGAGUAUGCUAACAACAGUGUCAAGGCAACAAUUGAGAGGUACAAGAAGGCAUGCGCUGAUUCCUCAAAUUCUGGGUCUGUUUCUGAAGCUAAUACUCAGUUCUACCAGCAAGAGGCUGCUAAACUGCGUGGCCAAAUUAGAAGUGUCCAGGAUUCAAACAGGCACAUGUUGGGCGAGGCUUUGAGCGAGCUAGAUUUCAAAGCUCUCAAGAACUUGGAGAAAAAUUUAGAGAAAGGAAUUAGCAGAAUCAGAUCCAAAAAGAAUGAGCUCCUGUUCGCAGAAAUUGAGUAUAUGCAGAAAAGGGAAGUUGAUUUGCAUAACAAUAACCAGCUUAUCCGAGCAAAGAUAGCCGAGAAUGAGAGAAACCAGCAAAACUUGAAUAUGAUGCCAGAAGGGGGAAACUAUGAGCUCAUGCAGUCUCAGCCAUUUGAUUCUCGAACCUAUUUUCAAGUAGAUGCAUUACAACCCAAUCAUCCCUACCCACGCCAAGACCAGAUCCCACUUCAAUUAGUGUAA